AACAGCUGCAUAGUCGCAUUUCAUGAUUACAUGAACUGUGUAAUUUCUACCAGGCUGGCAUGGAUCACCAGAGUAAAUGAACUGUGAUGUCCCGUUUUCAUAUUUCAGUGAGGGGGGAAAUUUUCCUGGAAAAAAGGUCAGGCAAACAAAGGUGCGUUUCGCACCGUGCCAACAUUCUGCAUCACACUUGUCAAGUUUCGCCGGUACAGUAAAAAUGAAGUGUACGAUUCCGGAAAUAUCUUGGCAUAAUCGUGAUCCUGUAUUAAGUGUUGACCUAAAACCUGGAAUAAACACAUCACCUGACGGCAAUGAUUUCUGGCGUUUGGCCACUGCGGGUGCGGACUCACAUGUCUUGAUUUGGCAUCUGAGAGUAAACGAACUUGGAGCAACGUUAGUGGAAUUUGCUGCUGAUUUAAAUCGCCAUCAGAAAGCAGUCAAUGUUGUACGAUUUUCACCCUCUGGUGAGAUUCUUGCAUCUGGUGACGACGAGUCUGCAAUUAUAUUAUGGAAAGAGCGAAGUGAAUCAGAGCCCCCACCACUUGUGGGAGAUGAAACAAAUCAAAAUAAAGAGCAAUGGAAUUUGUGGAAGGUUUUACGUGGCCACAUUGAAGAUGUCUAUGAUUUAAGCUGGUCACCGGAUUCGAACUUUCUAGUGUCAGGUUCUGUGGAUAACACAGCAAUUUUCUGGGAUAUCCAAAAAGGACGAAAUACAGGAAUGAUCUCGGAACACAAAGGAUUUGUUCAAGGUGUUUCGUGGGACCCACGCAAUCAAUAUGUCUGUACAUUAAGCACAGAUAGGCAAUGCCGUCUGGUUGAUAUAAAAUCUAAGAGAAUACUUCAACGAAUUGGUAAAGCUAAGAUUCCAACACCAGAUAAUCAUCCGUUGAAAGGAAAGACUGUACGUUUAUUUCACGACGACACAUUUCAGUCGUUCUUCAGGCGUCUCACUUUUUCAUCCGAUGGCUUACUGAUUAUCGCACCAUCUGGCAUUAUUGAGCCCCAAGAAUCAUCAGAAAAGUUAUCUAAUGCAACAAUAAUUUUUUCACGACACAACAUUAAAGAACCUAUUAUUGUUCUACCAUCUUUAGAGCAAUCUACAAUAGCUGUUCGAUGCUGUCCUGUUUAUUUCGAAUUGAGAGAAGAUGGUCCGGUGUCUUUAAUUGAUCUUCCAUAUAGAAUGAUAUUUGCAGUAGCUACACAGAGUUCUGUACUUAUAUAUGACACUCAACAAGUUUCUCCUAUUGCAGUAGUUUCUAAUAUUCACUACACCAGGUUAACCGACGUCACUUGGUCAUCUGAUGGGCAUCUAUUGGUUGUAUCAUCCACAGAUGGUUAUUGUUCGAUAGUUCAUUUUCAAGAUGGAGAAUUGGGAAAAAUAUACGAAGCUAACCCAAUCACAGACAGUAUUGUGGAAGACAAACCCUUCCAGUUAUUAUCAUCUGAGAAGCCUACCGUAAUUGCCACUGAUGAUGGAAAGGCUGAAAAAUUGGCAUUCAUUAGUGAUGUGUAUAGUGAUGCAAUGGAUAUUGAUAUUACAAAAAUGGUAAAAACAACAGAGUUGGUAAGGGAGUCAUUAGUUGUUAAUGAUAAACAGCAGAGCGAAGACGAAAGUAUGAAAGACACUAAUCCUACUGAUGCCAAUGCUCCAAUUGUUGAAGAAACUGAAGAUAUUCAACUGGUCUAUGAAGAAAGUAAUACGGGAAUUAAUAAUGAUGCUAUUAAAAAAACCCCACCAAAACCUGUCGUUCCUAUUGUAAGGUCUGUCAAAACUCCUCGAAGAGUACAGCUCAUUACACUAUCCAGUCCAAGGGGUGGAAAAAAAAAUUGACUUGAAAUUUCAGUGUGUCGAUAAUGUAUUUUGAUACUUACAGUGUCUUGCCCUGGUUUCCAGCCAGCAGGGCAGACCUCCCCGUGUUCGUCUGUAUAUUGGAAUGCCUGUACCAAACGUAAGGUUUCAUCGACCGAUCUUCCAACUGGUAGAUCGUUCAUUGUGAUUUGGCGCAGUAUUCCUUUGCCAUCGAUGAUGAACAGAGCUCUGUAAAUAAUCAGAAUAUUAUUUGACAAUAUAUAUUAUUUGCAUUUUUAUACAAAAUAAAUAAUUGAAAGCUUGAUUUUAUCAGA